GGGCAUCUACACAGGCUGAAAUACUUAAUAUCAGUGUCAUUAAUGGGAAAAAAGCAAUUACACCUCCUCUUCCUCCUACAACAAAUGCUUUAAAUAAUAUUAAAUCUUCCCCCCCUGCCUCUACCCUUGCCACCACUAAUCCUGCUGGGGUCACUCUUUUAGAUAGAAUGAAAGAAAGACAUCGGCAAGAAGUUCGUAGGUCGUUGAACAACUCACCAUUUUUAGAAAAUCAGAAUGCUACAAAAAGCUCGCCAUCCAUGCCUCUUAUCUUCUCAGUCGAAGACUCUCCUCCUUUAUCAAGUGCAAGACCAUUGGUGCAAUCACAGUCUUUUACGAGUAACGCCCAGUCUCCUAUUAACCAUAUACCAAAACGUCCUUUGGUAAAUAUAGUUCGCUCAACAUCGACUGCUAACGAUAUUUAUGGAAACAACAGCGGAGCGUCUACAAAUCAGACUCAACAAGAAGUCAACAUCCAUCAUCGAUAUUCUGCACCUUUACAGCCCAGAAAUGGUCAGGUAUUAUCAACGACAAAACCCGGCUAUAUACAAAAUGUGCCAUUAUUUACAUCUGCUCCGUAUCAAGUUCAAGAAUCCACCUUAGUAACCAGCGAAGAAGUGUUUCCAUUGAAUCGAUCAGUGUCAGCAUAUUCUGGUUUUCCUCAGCAGACAUUACUUCAACAACAAUUCCAACACCAACAGCAGCAGAUAAACAUGCAACAACAGAUCUAUCAGCAGCAGCAGCAGCAGCAACUACAGCAAAAAAUUCAACUACAAAUUGAACACCAGCAAAUGCAACAACAACUGGAGCAACAGCAAAUUCAAUACCAGCUUGAUCAAAAACAAUUACAGCUUCAAGAACAACAAAGAAUACAACAGUAUCAGCUACAACAACUAAAAAUUCAGCAACAACAACAGCAAUACAUUAAUCAAGCCAUAUUAGAAAAACCCCUAAUUCGACGGGAUAAUCCACCAAAGGCAAUCGUGACUGAGUUGGACGAGGACAUGAAACCACUCAAGUCACGACCACUUUAUGAAAGGUUAACAGUAUAUGAUGAAAAUCACAGUACUGAUCAAAUAGCUACUCCAGACACGCCACCCCCUGAAUCUCAACAGAAUUCGUCUGAGAUUGUGUUGGCUAAAGAAAUUCUUUUAUCUAAUUCAUCUACAAGCACACUAACUGAACCAAAAGCCAUAUUCAAGCCCAAGGAAAAGACAAUUAAAUUGCCCAAUAAGUUAAAGAAAGAGUUACAAGAAAUGCAAUUGCGUCGAUCGCCCUAUUCAUUACCUGAUUUAAGCACGUUAUCAAAUACUGAACAAGAACAAGAGAAUGAUGACAUAAUCAAUUGGAAUACUAUCCAAAUAUUUCAUUAUCCCUAUGUUACUAACAGCGAAGAGACUUGUUAUACCCAAGAAAACCAAACACCAAAAAUUGACUGCUACCCAGCAAUUGUAAAAUGCUGCUCUAUGCAAGACAGAAGACACACUUGUUCAAAACGACACCAUUGUACGCAUUUAUCCUGUAUUAAUACCAAGCAUCCUAAUUAUUCUACGGAUUCUUCGAAUCUUUAUUAUAAGAAACAUCAUAGCAAGCAUAGACAUCAUCGAUGCCAUAAAAAAGAUUCAUAUUCAAAAACAGUUCAAGUUUAAUUCGACUGAAAAAUAAAAG